CCGUCCUUCCACUAGAGGGCACCAGCCACAGCUGUUUCUAGGCGCAGCGGCAAUGAUAUAAAUACAGGCAGGAAGACGUGGUAGGAUUUAGCAAACAGAAACAAACACACAUGUGAGAGUGUCAGCGUGACACAGAGCUGCGUUGAAACGUAAAGCUUGUCCACAGCCUCCCCUCCACCCCCCAGUCACCAUGUCACACAGAGGGCCUAUGACAGCUCUCAUCACAACAGUACUAGGAACCGCCCUGGGUGGGCUGCUGGUGUGGCAGGUGUACAUAACCAAAAGAAAGAAGCUGCCUUUCAUUCAGAAGGCGGCUGAUAGCGCCGAGCUCCCUUUCAUUCAGAAGGCGGCUGGUAGCGCCGAGCUACCUUUCAUUCAGAAGGCGGCUGAUAGCACCGAGCUACCUUUCAUUCAGAAGGCGGCUGAUAGCGCCGAGCUACCUUUCGUUCAGAAGGCGCCUGGUAGCGCCGAGCUACCUUUCGUUCAGAAGGCGGCUGAUAGCGCCGAGCUACCUUUCGUUCAGAAGGCGGCUGAUAGCGCCGAGCUACCUUUCGUUCAGAAGGCGCCUGGUAGCGCCGAGCUACCUUUCAUUCAGAAGGCGGCUGAUAGCGCCGAGCUACCUUUCGUCCAGAAGCUAGCUGAUAGCGCUGAGUCUCUUACACCUGUGGAGAAGAACCUGGCAGCUGUGGAUUGUCAGUGGGUCAAAACACUCAAUGUUGAAGAGAAGCCCGUGGCGGCGCACCCUCCUGUACAGAUCCCCACUUCAGAGAAGCUGCUGGAUGUGCAGCCGGCGCUGGUGAGCUCUGAAGAGGAAUGGCAUCAGCUGUGGCCAGUGAUGCAGAAGGAGCUGUCCGUCUUCCCUGUGCUGGGGCUGGACUGUGAAUGGGUAAAGACCAAUGGCGUCUCGGUGAAGGGCCAGGUCUCCGCCGUCUCUCUCCUACAGAUGGCAUCGUAUUCAGGCCGCUGCGUCCUGGUUCGGUUGCUGCCGUUUCGCGGCAAUCAGCAAGCGUUCCCGCUCAGUUUAAUGGAAGUUCUACGAGAUCCCCAUGUUUUGAAAGUGGGCGUGGGUUGCUAUGAAGAUGGCAAACGUCUGACACACGACUACGGUCUGUCCCUGACCAGUACUUUAGACCUGCGGUACCUGGCUUUGAGAGAAAGACAGGCUACAGUGAGUAACGGCCUCAGUCUGAAGUCCCUGGCGGCAGAUCUGCUGAACAUUAGUCUUGAUAAAUCUCUGGAGCUGCGCUGCAGCGACUGGGAAGCAGACGAACUCACAAUGGAGCAGAUGACCUACGCCGCCAGAGACGCCCAAGUUUCCGUCGCUCUUUUCUUCCAUCUCCUGGGUUUCCAGCAUGAGUCCAGACCCAGCUCCUCCUUUGAGGAGUUGGCCUCCUGCUGCCAGGGCCUGGUGGACAUGCCCUUCAGGGGCCGAGGAGACGGAGACGAUGGCAGUGCUGAAAAAGAGAGGAAGAGGAAAAUGAAGAGAGCACCCAGUAGCACUGAGAGCCCGGAGUCUGGAGAUCAGCAAGUCCCAGACCUACGAAAGAAAACCAAGAGGAAACAGCUGGGCUACUCCACCAGGAAGUCUCCUCUCUAUGAUAACUGCUUCCUCUACGCUCCUGAUGGUGAACCUCUGUGCACCUGUGACAAGAAGAAAGCCAAGUGGUACCUGAACAGGGGGAUAGCAGUUCUUCAGAGUGAAGAUCCGUUCGUGGUGAAGCUGCUGUUUGAGCCGUCAGGACGUCCAGACUCUCGGCAGGAUUAUUACCUGACCGUCAAAGAGAAUCUGUGUGUGGUCUGUGGAAAAGUAGAUUCUUACAUCAGGAAAAACGUGGUUCCUCACGAGUACAGACGUCACUUCCCCAUGGAGAUGAAGGACCACAACUCCCACGACAUCCUGCUGCUGUGUACCAGCUGCCACGCCGCCUCCAACGUGCACGACGGCUUUCUGAAGCAGCAGCUGGCCGAGGAGUACGCCGCCCCUCAGGGCUGCGAGGAGGUGGUCCGUCUGCACGAGGACCACGACAGGCGCAGGGUGAGGUCGGCGGCCCGGGCCCUGGUCACCGCCGGGGACGGUCUGCCCAAGCAGAGACGAGAGGAGCUGCAGGCCGUCAUCAUGGAGUUCUUCAACGUGAGCCAGCUGCAGGACCUGAGCCAGGAGAUGCUGCAGCAGGCGGCCGACCUGGAGACCAGGAUCUUCAACAAGGCCUUCGUUCCUCACGGCCUGAGGGUGGUCCAGGCUCACGCUGAGCAGGGUCUGCGGGGUCUCAUGCACCUGGAGCGGCGCUGGAGGCAGCACUUCCUGACCUCCAUGAAGCCCCGUCACCUCCCGCCCCUGUGGUCCAUCGACCACAACCACCACAAGUUAAUCCGCAAGUACGGAGAGGACGUGUCGAUCGAACUCAACUGACAGGUGUCGGCUCCGACGCCACAGACUGUGACUGGGGUUUCUGAAGAGUGGUCUUGACGUCGGUGGAUCUGUGCUCUGAUUUACUAACCACGACCAAACUUCUCUGACGCCCGAGCUCCGUCACUGCUGCGCUGCUAUGAAGAGUGUGUGAAUGAAGGAGGGGACGGAGCAAACACACUGACGCUCCUCCGUCUGAGAUGAAAAGCCAGCACUGAGUGUGACAAAGCUAACGGCAUACAGACACUUUCCUGAGAAGUGUGUAAUUAUAUGAGACAUGUUUAAAAACAUAUGGAGUUGGAUUUUUAAGAAGGAGACGCCGCCUCCUGCUCUUACUUUCCCCUCAGUUUCGUGGCUUUGCUGAAACUGAUGCUACUUAGAGAGAGAAAGAGAGAGUCAUAUUUUCAUGACUUUGGAUUAUUUCGUGCUCUGCUGCUUUUUCAGCCUCUGGUCUGUUUUAAUUCAGUAGAUGAGGAUCUUUUUUUCCUUGAAGCAACUUGAAACCAAACGUUAACUUAAAAUUCUCUGCUUCAGGGCCCAUCUGCACCUCCUUUGAUCUUCUCCUUUGUGGGUGGGAACACUAACGUUGGCUCAUUUAGACUUGUGAUGUUCAUGUCCUCCUGUGGGGCCUCCAUGACGGUUGGGUCUCUUCCACGGCUCAUGUUUUAAUGAGCCUCCUAAUCCCUGAACCUGACUGGAGACCUGUCACAGCAUUGGGACAUGGUUUGUUUUCUUUUUAUUUACAGUAGUUUUUCUCAAACGACGUCGACUGAACAGAAUCCAAACAACACAGUGAAGAAAACAUGUGCCAACGAUCAUUAAAUCCCACUCUGCAAAUGUUAAGAUUUUUGUCUUAAGUGUGUACUAAUUUAUUUACAAAUGAAGAAGUGUGUAAAAACAGCUGCUUUGUCUUUAUUCAUGGUUCUGUGGAUACAAGCAGCUGUUUGUUUUUCCUAAACUCUGAUGUUUAAAAAAAUGUGAAUAAAAGUCCAGUUUGUAUUUAA